AUGAAAAUAAAUGAAAAUAAUGAUAAGUCAUUUCAUUCAGCUUCAAUUCAAAAAGCAUCUUCAAUGUUAAGUAUGAUUGAAGAAGUAAAUAAUCAAUAAACUCAUAAUAAAUCAUUGAAUGAACCAAAAAUUAAAAAAGUUAUUGAUCCUCAACCUAUAAUAUCUUCAUCAAUCGCAAGAGAAGUGGAAGAAUUGGAAUAGACAUAUAAACGUUAGUAAUUUAAAGGCAUUUAACAAAUAGGGACAAAAAAUUCUUAUAUGAAAUAUAUGGCAUUUUAUUAUUGGAGUUAAUUCUAUCAUCUUUGAGAGGUCCAUUAUAUUUGACAAUACAUAAAAGUCCAAUCAUAAGAACAGCUUGGAGAUAAGGAUUUACUGCUUUAAUUUAUUUACCAAUUAGUAUUUAUGAAUUAAAAAAUAACAAAAAUUUCAUCAUUUCCUUUAAAGGUUAAGAAUUCAAUUUAUUAAUGGCAUCAGUAACAUAAGCAGUAUAAUUUAAUCAUAUAUUUGUAGAUUUUUGCUGUAUCAUUGUCAAUAUCUGUAACUCACACUCAUGUCUCACAUGCUCUUAUGUUUUAUAAUAGUUCAUUGCUAUUUUAUUGUGGAACUAAAAUAUUAAUAAAAUAAAAUUGCCAUAUUUUGGAAUAUUUUGGAUUCGGUGUUGCUUUGGUCUUAUUAAUGGUUAUCUUUACAAAUCAUAGUUAUACAUUUUAUUCCAAAUAAGAUGUUUCAAUAUUGGAUAAAAUAAUAUAUGGAGAUUUAACAGCACUUUUCGGUGGUGGAGUUUCUACUUUAUAUUAGUAAUCUUAUAUUAUAGAUUUAGUGCAAAAUAUUACUCUAAAAUAACCUCAUGUUGUCCAACUUUUACAUUAUUUUCAAUAAUUAGGGCACUAAGUACUGUUGUAUUGAUAAUUAUGACAUAUACAUUUGAUAAUUAGCACAAUUUCUUUGACUUCUUAGAACCUGUUCUCUUUAUACAAAUAUUUUUUAAUGCCUUAUUCACUGGUGUUUUGAUGAAUUAAUUAUAAUCCUAUGUACAAUUAUUUGUUGAUCCUUUAACAUAUAAUUCAGCAAACUUUUUUUAACCACUUUUUGGAAGCAUUUUUUCUUAUUUAUUAGGAUAAGUAUAAACAGAUUAUAUUUUAUUAGGAAUCUUUACCAGGUUCAUUAUCAGUAACUUGUAUGAUUCUUUAUAGCAUUGGUUUAUUAUUUAUAUAAAUUGGAAGAUCUAAGUCUGAAACAGAGGAUCUAAAUCUAGAUAUUGAAUUACGGUAAUUAGAUACUGUUUAUUUUGAAAAUAAUCCUUUACUCUCAAUAUUUUAAUCUAAUUAUAGAGAAAGAGAAGAUUAAAUGAAGAUAUCAUUAUAUAGAAGAUAGACCAUUUAAAGAUAGCAAACAAAAUAAUUUGUUGAUUAUAGUAUGGAUUAAUGA